UAAUAAUGUAAACAGGAAGCAAUGGCGAUUUGACAGAAGUUUUCCAGACAAGCAAAAUACAAGCGUUUAUCAGCGUGACGCGCGAUGAAUGUUGCCUUAUCUCACAAGGACUGACAUCCGUGUAUUGAUUUCUUAACUUACGAAGAAAAGAUCCCUAACAAUAAUAAAAUUACUUAGAUUAUGACAAAAUUGUGAUAUUUGCAAGCUGACAGUGACAUUCACAACUUCUCACGAUGCCUGUAAAGAUCGGCAAAAUGCUGAUGUGCGGCCAGACCGGUGUCGGAAAGACGUCCAUGGUGGAGCAGCUGCUCUACGCGAAUCACGUCAUCGAAAACACGCCGAUGCAGGCCACCAUUGAAGACAUCUACACAGCUGUGAUUGAGACUGAUCGGGGCAUAAAGGAGAAGAUACGCAUCUUUGAUAUUGGAGGUUUUGAUGGGAGCAACACAGAUCUACCAAAACACUACCUAAACUUUCCUGAUGGCUUUGUGCUUGUGUAUGAUGUGACAAACUUUGAGUCUUUCAAGAAACUAGACAAACUAAAGAGAGACAUCGACAAAACCAGGGACAAGAAGGAGAUUCACAUCAUCGUCAUCGGCAACAAGAGUGAGUUAACGGAACACAGACAGGUGGACUUCAACACUGCCAUGGCCUGGGCCGGCAAGGAGAAAUUGCGACUGUGGGAAGUCUCCGUUACGAACCGUCAGUCCCUUGUUGAACCAUUUGUGUGGCUGGCCUCCAAGAUCACAACACCACCAAGCAAGUCAACAUUCCUGCCCAGCAGGAAAGCCAAGUCUGUAAGCAUGGAGAGCUGAGGAAGUUCAAAUGGAAGUCCAGGGUCGUGUUCAUGUAACUAAUGUACCUUUUAGGCCUUGUCAAUAUGUCAUAGUCCUACGGUCAAUUCACAAACGUCUUGCAUCACUCACUUAGCUGAGGUCAGCUGAUUAACUUACUCUCUAUUUCAUGUUGUCAGGCCAGAAACCACACUAUCAUCUUGUCAUUUAAGAGAAUUUGGGGAAUUAUAUGAGGUAACAACUACCUUAUUGAUUUUGUUGUAACUUAGCUCAUCUUCCUGAGGCAAGGGAGUUACCUGACUGUAAAAGUCCAGUUUCCACCCUUGCUGAAUUAGGAUGCAAUUUCUGUUCUGGGCUCGAUCGUAGCGCCGCCAAUGGGUAUUAUUAGUUAUGUCCCUUCUAUGUCCCAGCUAUUGAUCAAUCAGCUUCCACUUCUCAUAUCACUUGCAUUUGCCUUAAAUAAAAUGGCUUCACCUAGUGAAGACAAUCUGAUUGAUAAUAAAGAUCUAUUUUGUAUUGAAACGGGCCUUACUUCACAAAGUGCAUCAAAUCACAUGAGCACCUUGAUUAAAAACAUAAAAUCAUUUGGAAAAUAUCUGUUUGACGCUAAGUUGUUGGUAAACAUGCUUUGCAAAUCCUGCAGUCGACUGAAAUCUACAC